UUGGUGGUGGUUGUUGGUAGUUCGCUUCAACCCUCAUUGCUGGGAAGUGCAACCUGUGUGUUCGACGAUUCACCAUGGCUACACGGAUUUGCAAAGGAAAUAAGUCUGUCUUGAAGGAGUUUCACCAGGUGGUUGAAGAUAUGAAGAAUGCUUCAAGAUCAUCUCUCUCUUUAGCGGCAUCAGCGACCUACGCGGUGCAGGAGGCACUGAGGAAGGAAAGGCUGCAGGCGUUGCGCGGGUUGCUGGACGCAGGCGCGUCGCCCGUCGCACCGAGCGGCUACUUGAACGAGACGCCGCUGCACAUGGCCGCCACCUUCAGCAAUUCCUCCUGCACGCUCGAGCUGCUGGAGCGCGGCGCCGACCCCAACGCCCGCGAUAAAAACGGAGAGACGCCGAUGCACAGAGCGGCGAGACACGGGCGGCCGGCCGUGCUGAGCGUGCUGCUGUGCCACGGCGGGGCGCACGUGAACGCGCGCUGCCUCAGCAAGGAGACGCCGCUGUGCUACGCCAUCUACUAUCGGCACGCGCACUGCGUCGUUGUGCUGCUGGAGAACGGAGCCGACGUCAAGAUCAAGGACGCCUUGGGCCUGACGCCCCUGCACACCGCGGUGUCGGCCAACGACCACAUCGCCCUGGUGCACCUGCUGCUCAAAUGGGACGCGGACCCCGAGGCCCAGACCAACAGCGGUCUGCGCCCGAUGCACUACGCUGCGACGGCCGGCAACUACAGAGCCAUUCGGCUGCUGGUGCACGCCGGGGCCGACCCGCGCGCGCGCACCUGGGAUGGCGACACAGCGCUGCACAUCGCCGCGUCGGCCAACAGCACGGCGUGCAUGGAGGUUCUGGUGCAGUUCGGAGCAGACCUGCACGCGCGCGACCGGCGGGGCCUGUCGCCGCUGCACGUGGCGACGGCGGCCGGCCGCGUGGAGGCGCUGCGCGAGCUGCUGCGCCUGGGCGCCAACAUCGAGCUGCAGGCGGUGUCUUCCGUGGGGAGGGGCUUCACCCUGGCCACGCCCAGCAUCACGCCGCUCAUGAUCGCCGUGCAGAGGCGCGACGAGGCGUGCGGCCGCGCGCUUAUCGAGGCAGGAGCUGAUAUCCCUGCACGGUAUUUGACACUGCUGAAGCAUAUACAACGCCCUCAGAAUCCGUGAGAAGAUUGAAGUCAUAUUUUUCCGAAUAAUACAUAGUAUAGUAUUAUUACAUUUGUAUUGUAUUGUUAAAAUCUACUUUCUUAUUUCUGAUUAUACUGUGUUUGUUCUAACUCUGCCCCUCAAGACCCUACUUCACAAUAGCAUUACGUCACAAAUCUUUCUUGGUCAUGCCGCUAGAUCUUGCAUGAUCAUGACUGUAUGUAGCACUGCUUUACAGUCACGUACAUGCUAUAUCUAGCAGCACGACUGAGAAACACAUGAAAAAUAGUGACCUAAUGCCACCGUGAAGAAGGGAAGAUAGUAUUGAAAUUUAUGCAAACUAUCCCUGUUUUGUUAAAUAGUAUAUUUUUGUUUUUGACAAGAGCAAUUAUAUUUUUAUUGCUGCUUAUGUAUUUAAGUAAACAUAUUGUACUAAUUUAACUAAAAUAUCAAGAAAAAAAUGAAUAAUGUUUUAAAUUGAUAACGUGUCCAUUUGUGAUAUUGUAACUAUU